GCUGAGCUUCCUCAUCACGGAGAGCACACACACUCACACACACACCUGUGCUGAAAUGGGUGGGACAAAAGCUGAAAGAGGUUCUUAAAUCAAGGUGUUUAGAAACAGAUAUGAUGAGAAGUCGUUUAUUUUCUAUUUAAACAUAAAAACAGCAUAUUAAUAAAAACUGAAGAUGACAAAUACUUUAUUAUGGUGUAGAAUUUAAAUAUAUGCCUGAUAUUGCCCCGUUAAACGUACUCAUUGCAAUGUCACAAAGACCAUAGAUUAGAUAGACCGCCGGAUACAUUCUCUAAAUUAUWGAUUUGUAAGCAAUAUUUGUGACUGGCUGUCAACUACCACCAGAGUUUAAUUUCCUACAGAAUCAGCCGAAGUGAAUGAAAACAGGUCAGCAGUGUUGAUGUCUAUGGAAGAGCUGUUUGGAAUUAGAGUGGCUCUUUGAAGGGAUCUGAAUCUUGAUGAGCUGUUUGUUUCAUAUGUGUUUGAUUUUGAGUGAAUGACUUGAUAUCAUUCAUAAUUUUGUCACAGGGAAGGAGCUAUAGCCUGGUAAAAACCAGACCCUUGUUUUACGCUGUAGGGAGAUUAAAACUGAGCUGAAUUGUGCAGGAAGGCAAUGGUCAGGUUAGAACCCCCUCCCUCUUGUCUCUGAGCUGUUGUAUUCAACCUUUCUGCCUGUUUUUUUUAUGAAAAAGUGAAGGAGGGAGGAUUAUCUCUGUGGUUAAGGAGGAAAAAAAAAGAAUAAAAGUAGGAAAUUCUCUUUACUGCCCGUAACUAAGUUCCUAUAAUUUGUUUUAAGGAUCUAUUCAAAAGACUCUGUUCGUUUGUGAACAUCACAUCUCUUCUGGCAUUUUUGAUCUACUGGAACAUAUUUACACUCAAAUCUGUUGAGAGAAAUAUGCAGGUAUUAUAUAUAUUUACAUWGAGUGCAUACCUGCAUUCCAGUACUGCAAAUUAAUAUAUCAGGAAGAUUUGCUGUAGUAAACUCCUAAACUGCACUUUAAUAUAGUUCAGGAUAACAUGAUGCUGUUAUUUCAGUCAUACUGGUUGUAAAUGGAAUAUUCUGUCAUCCUAUAUCCAAAUACUCAAAUAUUUGUCUUUUUUUUUUUUUUUUGCUAACUGAAUUCUUUUCUUAUUGUUUAUUUUCUUUAUUGGCUUUAAUUGGUGUAGCUUUGAGUGUGCAUGUUUUCUGACUCUGUGUUAGGUUGAUCAGCUAUAAAGUCUCUGCCAUUAAUUUUGUUUCUAAAUUUGGCUUCUUUUCUUGUUGUACUCUUUUGUAAAAGGAGUUUGUGUCCAGUAGGCUGUAAGUGGCUCUUUAGAGAUUGUUCAGUGAAACAGAAGGAAUGCCCUGGACCACCACAUAUAUAUGAUGGCAGGCAGUCAUGGGAGUGGAAGAACAGGGUUUCCUCUCAGAGGCAACACAGGCUGACUGUCUUUAUAAAGGAUCUGCAUAACUUCCUAUAAACCGUUACAUAGGUGAUGAUACGUAAGGUCAGCAAGACACAUACACCAGGAAAUCUUUGUCUCAACAGGACUUGUAAGGACCAAUUUUUCUUUUUCCCAGCUGCUGACGGCCGACCAUGCUGUACUUUCAGGUGGUGAUUCUGACAGCGACGUUGAUGCUAGUUUACUACUGUGAGUUCACUGAUAUUUUCAGUCCGUCACAGCAGGGCUUCAUCUGCAAUGACCCAGCUUUGAGUAAACCUGACCCUGGACCUGAGCAGGACAGCCGCGUACAGCCUGUAAUUCUGUACUCUGUGGUGAGCGGAAUGCCAGUGGUGCUAAUUUCAGGAGUGGAAGUGUUGAUAUUCCUCCUUCAGUCUCACUCAAGUAACCUGUAUGACUAUGAGAAGAUUGUUGUCAUGUGGGAUUGUUGCUAUUUGAACCCUAUGGCGCGCAGGACGUCACGGUUUCUUGGGGUCUACGUCUUCGGUCUGUUCACAACUGAUGUUUUUGUCAGUGCCGGUCAGCUGGUCACAGGAAGUCUGGCUCCUUACUUCCUGUCUGUCUGUCAGCUAAAUGACUCUGCAGUCGACUGUCAGGACACAGUACGCUUUGUCUGGCAGUCAGAYGCCUGUACAGGUGACCCUGAUGACAUCAUGAGAGCCAGAAAAACAUUCCCUUCCAAAGAAGCAGCUCUCAGCUUGUACACAGCUGUUUAUUUGGCAAUGUACAUCAUGUCCUGCACCAGGUCCUUUGGGACCCAUCUCUUAGGCCCCUUUGUCAGUCUGUCAUUGGUCAGUCURGCUGUACUGACAGGCAUCAACAGAGUGGCUGAAAACCGUAAUCACUGGAGUGACGUUCUAGCCGGACAAGCAAUCGGGGCUGGUAUUGCUGUCUUUUUGGUUGUGUUUGUGGUUCAGUACUUCAAAAAGAGACAUGCGAGUCUUCCUGUGAGCCACUCAGAUGCAGGAACAGCUGACACAGAAGAGGCUGCUCCACAGAUAAAUCACUCUGUGGAGACCAGGGAUAAAUAUAUCCUGUCACAGAGUCCAGGAUCCUUCACAGAAGUCACAUGACUAUGACCCACCUACCCCCUGCUUACAUAUAACAUAGAAACAAGGGGAAUAUAGAUUCACUCUGUUAAAGACAAGGACAUUGACCUACAAAUACCAUCUGUAAAUAAUUAUUACCACUUUAAUAAACACAAGAAAUCCAAGAKUUUCCUGUUAAUAAGGCCCCAGUGUUAAUGGUACAUAAUACCAGAUAAUAUCUACAAAAGACUCACUGACAUGUGAUGUGUUUGAAAAAAAAAAAGAUCAAUUAUUUGAUAUAACGAUGCUUUUCUGUAAGGUCAGCACCUCGAACUGUGUUGUUAUUUAAUGUAACAUUUAGUAAUUUUGUAGAAUUUUUGAAGUGUGUGCCAUCAGAUUAUCAGAGUAAUUUAUGUAUGGAUUGAUAUAGUUAGAAGUUAAAAUGAUGUAAAAUAAAGAAAGUAAACCUGUGUUUUAUUUGUAAUCAGUGGUCAUAGUUUUACCUAAAAGGUUUACCUUUAACAAAGGCUUAGGGAAGUAAGUUUUAAAUGUUUCACAAAAAAUAAAAAAUUAAAUUAAAUUAAAUUAAAAUAUGUUAGGACAAGUUUUUGUUUCCAACUUUGUGUCCACUUCUUUCCAUAUUAAAUGGUGAACUGAUCCAAUUCCAAAUUCAUAUUAAAUAUACUUUUGAAAUGCACAAGUUUUUUUCCUCCACAUCAAGGUUGUACUAAAGUUUUUUUUACAGUCAUUUGGUGGUUUGAUCACAUGUCCAAGUUUUUGGUUUGUAGUAAAUAYAUUUACUUGUAGUUUUAUGCUUUUGUUAUUGUUUUAUUGUAAUGAAUUACAAAACGUGUCCAUGUUCUUUUUCUGGAUUAUCUCUCUUCUAAAUAAAAUUAWUCUAACAGG